AUGAUGCACCCCUCGCGACAGGCCUAUGUCGAGGAGGCGGCCGAGGAGAUGGACACAGGCAUUGAUCUUGCCAACAUCCCCGUCGACGAAGACUAUGAGAUUCCAGCAUCAGCAGCGGGCAUCCCGUCCGAACGGGCGUCCGCCAUCACAGCGCAAUUCGAGCGAAAACGACGCGCAGCCGCCAUGGUCGUACCAACAGACGACAACCGCGUGCGCUUACGGCUACGAGAGCUCGGCGAACCCAUCACGCUGUUCGGCGAGGGUCCCGUAGACCGGCGGGACCGUCUGCGCGAACUGUUGACUGACCGAGCGGACCGACAGGGCGAGGGCGAUAUUGAGAUGGAAGAAGGCGGGGAGGAAGAGGAGGUGGAACAGCAGGAGGAAUUUUACACAGAAGGCACCGAUCAGCUGUUGGAAGCCCGGAAGGCAAUUGCUCGCUAUUCCCUGCCGCGGGCGAAAGCACGGGUAGCGCGGCUCAAGGACGAGUCAACAAUCCCGCUGCGGACACACGUCAAGCACCGCAAAGCAGUCAAAGAGAAACUUGGAGGGUUUGAUCUGUACGGUUCGCAGAUUGCGGGCGACCGGCCAGUCAGUAUUUGCCGGUUUUCACCGGAUGGGAAGACAAUUGCGGCCGGGAACUGGGGCGGCGGCAUCAAGCUGCUCUCUGUGCCGAAUCUGGAGGAAAAGGCGAAUCUCAAGGGGCACAAUGACCGUGUCGGCGGACUGGCAUGGUUCCCGGAAUCUAACGUCUCGCCCUCAACAGUAAACCUCAUUUCUGGAGGAGGCGAAGGGAAUAUCAACCUCUGGGCCCUCGAUUCUGAUAAACCACUUGCCACUCUCUCCGGGCAUUCCGGGCGUGUGUGCCGCACAGAAUUUCAUCCGUCCGGUCGCUAUGCUGCGUCGGCAUCGUUCGACACGACAUGGCGUCUGUGGGACGUUGAAACGACGACAGAACUGCUCCUGCAGGAGGGCCAUUCACGAGAAGUCUACACCGUCUCCUUCAACAACGAUGGGUCUCUCCUGGCUAGUGGUGGUCUGGACAGUAUCGGGCGCAUUUGGGACCUGCGGACUGGGCGCACGGUCAUGAUUCUCGAGGGACACGUCCGCGAAAUCUACGGCAUGGACUGGGGUGUGGACGGAUACCGCGUGCUCUCUGGAUCCGGCGACGGAUGGGUUAAAUGCUGGGAUUUGCGCCAAGUGCGGAAUAUUGGCGGCAUUGGUGCUCACAAGAGUGUUGUGUCGGAUCUUCGCUGGUACAAGGGAGCGGAGUCGGCCUCUUUCUUGCCCUCCACCGAGGGCGCCAACGGCCAGAUGGAGGUUGAUGGAACCCCGGCGGGGGCUGAUUCCGGGAUUCAGCCUAAGAAGUCUGGUACUUUCUUCGUGUCCAGUGGCUUUGACAAGAACGUCAAUAUAUUCAGUGCCGAUGACUGGUCGUUGGUGAAGACGCUAAGUGGACACUCGGGCAAUGUCCUCAGUACAGAUGUCAGUGACGAUGCGAAGUGGAUUGCGAGCUGUGGCCACGAUCGCACUGUGAAGCUCUGGGGUAUUGAGUGA